AUGGGGCAGAACUUUCAGCCGACCCUUGUACUUAUUCGUGUCGUGCUGCCGGUCUCUGUAGAAGAGUAUCAAGUUGGACAGCUGUACUCUGUGGCCGAAGCUAGUAAGAAUGAGACUGGUGGAGGAGAAGGCAUUGAGGUGCUGAUGAAUGAACCCUAUGAAAAAGAAGGGGAGAAGGGGCAGUACACACACAAAAUAUACCAUCUAAAGAGUAAAGUCCCAGCAUUUGUGAAGCUGUUUGCACCAGAAGGUUCACUAGUAUUUCAUGAAAAGGCCUGGAACGCCUACCCAUACUGUCGCACUAUUGUGACGAAUGAGUACAUGAAGGAUGACUUCAUGAUAAAGAUUGAGACGUGGCACAAACCUGAUAACGGGACGAUAGAGAAUGUUCAUGAUUUGGAUGAGACAACUUGGGAGACUGUGGAGGUGGUUCCCAUAGAUAUUGCAAACAAGGAAGAAGUGGCUCCUGGGGACUAUAAGCCGGAAGAAGAUCCUGCUCUCUUCCAUUCCACCAAAACGGCCAGAGGACCUUUAGGACCUGAUUGGAAGGAUGAAUUGAACACAGAUUGUCCACAUAUGUGUGCAUACAAGCUGGUAACUGUCAAGUUCAGAUGGUGGGGUCUGCAGACCAAAGUGGAAAGCUUCAUCCACAAGCAAGAAAAGCGUAUUUUUACCAACUUCCACCGCCAGCUCUUCUGUUGGAUUGACAACUGGGUAGGUUUGACAAUGGAGGACAUCAGGCGGAUGGAAGAGGAGACUCAAAAAGAGCUUCAGGAGAUGCGUCAGAAGGGAGAUGUACGUGGCACCUCUGCAACAGAGGAGUAGGCCUGCUGCUGUAGGUCAAACUAGAGGCAGGCUGACUGCGUAAAAUAGGUCCGAUUCGAGGCACCAGUGCUGCUCAUGAGCAAUGAGGCAAAUCAACCAAACCCUGUCAUGAUGAUGUCAUCAGAGACGCGUCCACCACGGAGACACAGUGGUCCCGACGUCUGCUCUUCUCUUACUGUCUCACCUGAUUCAUUGGGGGGUUUGAUGAGAUUGGUUAACAGUACUGUACAGAUCCUUCCCCAAUCACACGCCUCCUGCUCACUCAAAAAAAAAAAAAAAAAAAAAAAAAAAAAAAAAAAUGGUUUUACAUAUAUAUAUUUAAAAGAAAAGAAAAAAAAGUAUUU